AUCCACAUAGACUUUAACGCCCUGCUCUCGCGAUCACUUCCGCCGCUAGGGUCAGGCUCCGCCCAGCUUGCCCGGCAUCACUCGCGCCGGUGGAGUCAAGAUGGAGGAGUACGCGAGAGAGCCUUGCCCUUGGCGAAUUGUGGAUGAUUGUGGUGGGGCCUUUACGAUGGGUACCAUAGGUGGUGGUAUCUUUCAAGCAAUCAAAGGUUUUCGCAAUUCUCCAGUGGGAGUAAACCACAGACUACGAGGCAGUUUGACAGCUAUUAAAACCAGGGCUCCACAGUUGGGAGGUAGUUUUGCAGUUUGGGGUGGUUUAUUUUCCAUGAUUGACUGCAGUAUGGUUCAAGUCAGAGGAAAAGAAGAUCCCUGGAACUCCAUCACAAGUGGUGCCUUAACAGGAGCCAUACUGGCAGCAAGAAAUGGACCAGUGGCCAUGGUUGGGUCAGCCGCGAUGGGUGGCAUUCUCCUAGCUUUAAUUGAAGGAGCUGGUAUCUUAUUGACAAGAUUUGCCUCUGCACAAUUUCCCAAUGGUCCUCAGUUUGCUGAAGACCCCUCUCAGUUGCCUUCAGCCCAGUUAUCAUCCUCACCUUUUGGAGACUAUCGACAAUAUCAAUAGGACUUCUUUCCCAGGAUUUCUUUAUCAGAAUGAGCUGUAGUUCAAGAAGGAAUUUCAGAAGAUAAGUUACGGUCUGCUUUUAAAACCAUAGGUGGGACGGCUAUGGCCAAAUAGGCUUUGAAGAGACACUUAGCUCUUUUUUCUAUUUAAAGGAACAUGGCGGGGGGGUGGGGGGUAGAUGUGAAAAGAUAAUACAUUUAUUUAUUCACACUUGGGUUGCAUUUGUGAUAAAAAUAAAUGUCUAAUAUCUUUAAAAGAAAAUAUAACAAAUGCUUAGAAGAUGAAGGACCAAAGGGCAAACAACAAUGAAGCAUGACCAUCAUUUCCUUGGGGACCUCUCUGCCUGGUUUUGUGUGUUUUGUCAAACAAUAAAAAAACUGCUGGAACUUGCUCUUUUAAGACGUAGAGUUCUACUUUCCAUCCUCGAAUACUUCAAAUAUUGAAAAGUACAUUGAAAAUUGCAUGUUUUAUAGUGAGGCUCUCAUGUCACUUGAAGCAAAUGAUGUAUGAGAAGAAUUACACAUGGAUCAUCUCACAGUAAAUACUUUCUGCUUUGAAGGCUGAGGUAAAAUAUCCUCUACUUUGAAAGUGAAAAUGUUAUUUCUUGGUUUUGAGGAUGUCGGAUGUAAAACUCUUUUUACCUUUGAGGCUCCUGUGUCUUGAUUUUUGAUCAUCAGCAACCUCACCAGAAACAACUUCCUUCCAAUUCUAUAUGAAAAGAAUCCAUGGGGGCUAUAGUAGCACUGGAAAAGUGUUUAUUAUGUGCUUGAAAAUAAAAUAUAUGCUGAUUUUAA